AUUGUCGUCCAAACAGAUGUAUCGUGCGGAAUGACGUCAGGCGCUGAACCGGAAGCUGUUCCGCGGUCUGUGUGUUUGUGUGAGUGAGCUCGGUGAUACACUGACAGCUGAGCGAUACGAUGUAACAGCGACGCGGGAAUGGAAUAACCUACCGAUACACACGAGCACGAGAGCAGGCGUCGUGGAUUAGGCUUGGUGUUGAUUUGCUGAGGGCAGUCGUGAUUGUAACCCGCUGAUGUCGUUAGACGAGCGUUUCUCACGGGAGUGAUCUUCUCGCAGAUCGCAGCCCGGGUUUCAUCCCGUCAUCCGCAGCUGUAACGCCCAUCUUCUGCGACGGGGCUCCGUCGAUCAGUGCCGCUCGUUGAUCCGCACACACCGGGACUCAUGGGGAACAGCACGUCCUGCUGCGUGUCGUCCAGCCCGAAGCUCCGGAGGAAUGCGCACUCGAGGCUGGAGCCGUACCGGCCCGAACCGGAGCUGAGCCGCGAGGACACGGGCUGCAACCUGCAGCACAUCAGCGACAGAGAGAACAUCGACGAGCUCAACAUGGAGUACAAUCCUUCGGACCACCCGCGCGCCAGCACCAUCUUUCUCAGCAAGUCUCAGACAGACGUUAUUUUACCCAACAAGAAAGUUCGGGAAAAACGGAAAAGCCUGUACGUCAACCAUUUAACACACAUUGCGGAGUCAAAGCAACAUCCAUCUGGCCCAAUGAGACGCAAGUACAGCUCCUGUUCGACGAUCUUCCUGGAUGACAGCACCGUUAGCCAACCAAACCUCAAACACACUAUUAAAUGUGUUGCCCUCGCAAUAUACUACCACAUAAAGAACAGAAAUGUGGACGGGCGAAUGCUGUUAGACAUUUUUGAUGAAAAACUUCAUCCGCUUUCAAAAUCGGAGGUGCCGUCAGACUAUGACAAGCACGACCCAGAACAGAAACAGAUCUACAGAUUCCUUCGUACGCUCUUCAGUGCCGCCCAGCUCACGGCUGAGUGUGCCGUAGUUACUCUGGUGUAUCUGGAGAGAUUAUCAACAUAUGCAGAGAUUGACAUUUGUCCUGCUAACUGGAAGAGGAUUGUUUUGGGUGCUAUCCUGUUGGCAUCAAAAGUGUGGGAUGAUCAGGCUGUAUGGAAUGUUGACUACUGCCAGAUCCUCAAAGACAUCACCGUUGAAGACAUGAAUGAGCUGGAGCGACAGUUUCUGGAGCUGCUGCAGUUCAAUAUUAAUGUUCCAUCAAGCGUCUACGCCAAGUACUAUUUUGACUUGCGUUCACUUUCAGAGGCGAACAACCUCAACUUUCCCCUUGAGCCUCUCAGCAGAGACAAGGCCCAGAAACUUGAGGCGAUCUCCAGGCUUUGUGACGACAAAUAUAAAGACUUGAGAAAAGGAGCCAAGAAGCACUCAGUGAGUGCAGAUAACCUGACAGUGGUCAGAUGGUCCCCGGCCAUCAUAUCCUAAUAACGGUGGACAUUGGGGACUUUCACGAGAGACUGAGAGAAAAAGACUGUCAGAAGAAGCGUUCUCUAAGAGGACACAUACGUGCUUAGUAACUCCACUAGACUCUUGAGCCAGAGGUUUUUGUUCGAAAGAGUUUCCUUGCUGGUCGUACGGCUGCUGUAUAUACAAAACAUCCACACAACGAUCACUUUCCAACCUGUGGCUUAGAGAAGAGAGGGUGACACUGCUACUGCAGUUCAGAGAAAAAUAAAACUGGAGUAUGUGAAUAUAAAUGAGGUAGAAAGACGCCCAAUGACUGGAACAGCAUUCCAACAGCUCCGUGUCAUACGUGUUUGUUAUUCUAGGUGAGGACGUAUUCGUACUGUGUUAACUGAUCUCGUAUGGUUAAAACAAAUUCCACCUGGAUGCUCAAGGUUGUGUUGUAUCAAGAUCAAGAGCCAAAAUCAACCACUUCAUUCCUUAAAGUAUUUCUCUCCAAAUAGCUGUGAGCUGAUCAAACUAUAAAAUUACCACUGUUCUUACAUAGUUAUUUAACAUUUGAUCUCAUUAAGAUUUAUUUUAAAUUAAAGAUAUCCGUAAUGAUGGUUAAAAUUUGUCUAACAAUGCAAAUUAAUGGGAAUAUAUACAAUCUGGACCUCUUUAUUUAGUCUGAUUAUUUUAUUGUUUUGUUUUAUUGUGUUUAUUUCCUUCUAUUUGUUAUACUCAAAGGCAGUUUGCGCCAUUUAGUCUCAUCGUAGAAGAGUAAAGGAAGCUGACUUUGUAUUUUCAGAAGGAAAGUGGUGUGGAGGGUUUCCAUAUGAAGUGCUUGGGACUUUACUUUUGGAACACAAGAUUCAAUAAUUGAAUGUCUUGAAAUAAUUAGUUGCAAUUUAAAAUGUACAAUGUCGAAUUGACUAAAAUUGGAAGUUUCAAAACGGAAAUGAAAGGUUUUUCUUCUGUAAAGUCAACAAUGACAUUCCAUCUUCAGUGACCAUGAACGUGUUUAUUCUCGUCACCAUUUUUUAAUAACCUCAACAAACACCAGAUAUACACAUGCUGUGUCACUCAUUUCCAAUUCUCAAAGCAAUAAAAUGUGCGUUUUAUCUAUUCCGUACAAUACCCAUUAGAAAGAUUGGAGGUGAUAUUUAAUGAUGAUUAAAGGCUCCUUGGGAACUCUCAGAUAACAUUGCGCUAAAAUUGGUGCGUCAAAGUCAAAAUGCUUAUUAAAGUUGAGGCUCCAAGUGCCACUAUGAUACAAAUGUUCGGACUGAUUGCAGAGUUUUAUUUCUCAAUUAUGAUAUGUUACACAGGAGACUAAAUUGAAUUGGUGAGAAAGAGGAAUUCCUGCUGUAUCCACUGCCAUCACCUGCAGUGCCUGCAUUUAGCGGGAAAAUGACCUUAGACGUAGAAUAUGAAAUUAAUCAUUUUAUUUUUCUCUUCUCAUUAAGACAGCAAAACAUGUUUUCGUACUGCUGUCAAACGAUGAAUCGCAUCAACAACAACAACAAAAAAUAUAUUAUUAUUAUUAUUAUAAAUAAUUUGUUCUGUGGAUAUUCAUUAUGCACACAUACAAUAUAUUUUGAAAAAAUACAUGUAUUUCCAUGUCUAUAUUUAUAUUCAAAUUAUUUGUUAUAUCUAAAUACAUUUAAUUUUCUCUGAAAUAAAUUCAUGCAUUUGUGUGUGUUUAUAUAUUCAUUAUAAAUAUACACAGUGCACAUAUAAUGUAAACAAAGACUUAUUUUGAAUGUGAUUAAUUGUUUGAUAGCACUCGAUUUUAGACAGCAGAAUUAGAUUUAAAAUCAAUUCUUCCCAAUUCAAAGCAAGUGUUAUGUCAUCAGAUGUGUGUGUGAAAAUGAUUCCUUAUCUUAUCUGUUGAGAGGAACUGAGAAAUGUUCAUUUGUGAGACUUCACUCUGAAACACCUUGAAAAUUAGAACUUCCAAACGUCUUUUGUAUAUUGUACAUACUUAAAGAAAUUUAAUUAUGAUCUUCAGAUAUUUAUUUGUGACCAGUGUUUACUUUUGUUAAUUCCUUAAUUCUGGAUAAAAAACAAGAAAAAAUAUAAACAUGUCAGUUAUUUUAUCAGGAAUACGUACAUCUGUCAUUGAGGUGUUUUUUUUUUUUUUCUUCUGUCCUCAGUUAUAUUUCCAGUUGAGUUUAACCUUUUUUUUUUUUCUUGCAUCACAAAAGUGACAAAGCAAUUUAACAAUGUUUUGUUGAUAUGAAUGUAAUUCUGCAAUAGAUUUUUUUUUUUUUUUUUUACUUUAGCAGCAAUGAAAACAGCAAUUUAUUUUAUUAGUAAUUGCUUCACAUGGCAUCAAAAUUGCCAUUUUUUUUAAGCAGUAUGUGUUUAUUCUUUUAUUAAUUAUAGUCAUUUUUUUCUUCUAGGUAUUUUAUCUCCAAUGCCCAAAAGCGUCUUAAUAUUUUUACUUGAAAAGAAAAAAAACUAACAAAAAAAUAGUUGUAUCUAAAUAUAGUGCACACUUUGUGUCUUUUGUAUAAAAUACAGUAAGAAGGCUAUUUGUGAUGCCAACAUAUCCGACUGGACAUACAGGUUAAAUAUUUCCUGCAAAAUCAAAAGCAAAAAUUAUAUUUUGCAAGAAGAAAAUUAAGCCCAUUUUAGGAUGAGAAGAUUGUAUUUGUCAUGUUUGUGGGCUCAAAGGGUUAGUUCACCCCAAAAAGAAAAUUAACUUACCCCCAUGUUGUUUGUAACACUUAAAAGCUUCAUUUGUCUUCGGAACACAAUUUAAGAUAUUUUGGAUGAAAACCGGUAGACUUGAGACUGUCCCAUAGACUGACAAGUAAAUUACACUGUCAAGGUCCAGGAAAGUAUUAAAAGCAUCGUCAGAAUAGUCAGGAUCUGUCAUCAGUGGUUCAACCGUAACGGUAUGAAGCGACGAGAAUACUGUUUGUACACAAAGAAAACAAAAAUAACAACUUUAUUCAACAACUUGUCUCCUCUGUGUCUCUCCGCAUCACCGUAGCAUCAUUUCGGGACAGUCACAAUCCAAAAUAUCUUAAAUUGUGUUCCGAAGAUGAACAACGCUUGUACGGGUUUGGAACAACAUGGGGUUAAGUGAUUAAUGACAGAAUUUUCAUUUUAGGGUGGAGUAUCCCUUUAAAUAUCUUAUUCAUGCAAUAUAUAAUUUUAAGUUUCUUUAAAUAUUGUGGUGAAAUAUGACCUAGACAUGUUCUUGACAGGUUUGGUGAGAAUCACUUCCUGAGCAACUCGUGUUUAGAUUACGUUUUGUCAGAGAUGAUACUAGACAAAACGUGCAGUGAACCCAGAUGUCUGUUUUAGUUGAUUUCCUUAAGAUGAAGGAAGACUGACCAAAGUACUUCUCAAGGAAGGUCUGCUUCUUGCAAAUGGCGGUGCUUUAGACUCCCUUUCACAUUCUAAGAGUUUUGAAAUCAGGAAAAAAACGUUUGAGAAAGUGUCUUUGGGGAGGCAAAUGGAAUCAUGAAUGGAAAGACUGAUUUGAAGCAUUGAAGAUUGUAUUAUUUUAUUUAUUUUCUGAGCAUGUGAGGAUGCGGCCCAGCGUUGGAUCUGAAGACGGUGUUAUAAACUCGAGUUGUAGUGAUAGGAGGCAGUAGGCAGCGAGUUUUAGCCGUGUGCACUGAACUCUACCUCUGCAUAGAGUCCUUGUUUCUUAUUUAAUACCUCUCUCUUGCUCUUUCCAUCUGUUUCUCUGUAAUCUUUCUCAUUUUUCAUUGGAAUUUCUAAUGACAAAUUCAGAUCUUUCAGAACAUUUAUACAAUAAGUGGUUUCCUGUGAAAAAAGAAAGAAAACUGCUGUAGCUGUGAUUUUUAUUUGAUGUUCGGUCACUAAUUGUAUGCCUGUUCUUAUGAAUAAUACAUUGUUGUUGUCAUUUGUUUCUGUUCCACAGGUCAAACCCUUCUUCUGUAUGUUUUCAGUGUGUGCCAAAGGCGGAAUCCUAUCUCCUGUGUAUGAUCUUAGUUGAUUCUACUUUCUGUUUAACUAAGUGAACCCAGUCACCUGCGGCCGUCCGCCCAGGAUCUGGAGGCUACAAUGGUUGCAUGCAGUUUUUUUUUUUUUUUUUUCUCGAACUAUUAUUUUAACUGAUGCUCCCAGAUCAGAAGCAAUGUUUAGAAACCGCCACAAGAAUAAACUUUUAAAAGUUGCAAUAAAAACUGA